AUGAUUGAUAUGCUACUCAGGAUAUUCUUCGGGAAAUAUUUUGAAUCGUAUGACAAUAAUUUUAUUACCAUGAACAUGAAUGGUGGAGUUGAAAUUCGAAACAUAAUAAUAAAAAACGAUGAAAUCAACAAUUUUUUAAAAAGUAAAAAUGUAGAUAUAGAAAUCGUUUACUUGAAAAUUGAAAGAAUUAAUAUAAGUUUUUUAACUUUAUCUGGUGUAUUAACUCUAAAGUUACAAGGAGUCGAUUUGAGAAUUAAGCCGAAUAUUCAUAAAAAUGCUUCCAAGGGAAUAAAAAACAAACUUAUGAAAUUAUUAAAAAAUAAAGAAAAAGUUCAUGUAAUAGAUAAAAUAAAAUUAUUUUCUCCAAACGGAGCAAUGGAUUUUAGUUCACCACGAAAAAGAUUGCAGAAAAAAAUAUUAUGUUGUAGCUGUGAAAAUUAUAAGGACAUUAAAAAUACAUUAUGCUCAUAUAAUAACUAUAGCAAUAUAAAAACUUAUAUAUGUAAAGACUGCUCUAUUUUAAAAAAUAAAAAGUAUGGACAAAAUUUUAAUUUAUUACAUGAACAAGUCAUUUUAAAAAAAAUGUUUCAAAAUUAUACUAUUGAUAUAAAUAAUACCCCUUAUAAUAAUAACGAAAUAAAAUUUAUGCAUGAAAAUGCUCGAACCAUUUUGAAUAAUAAAAAUAUAUAUCGAGACACGACAAAUGGAAAUGGCAAUUUUAUUAAUUCAUAUAAACAAAACAAAAGCAAUUAUUCCGAUAUAAAAAAUAGACACGAUUGUGUUAAGGAAGAUUAUUCAAAAAUAUAUGACAAUGAUAGACAAAAAUAUGCUUAUGACAAAUUUAAAGAUCAAAACGAUUACAUAAAUAGUGGUGAUAUAUAUAAUCACAUGCAUAUGGAUAAUAGCAAUAUUUUCAGAUAUGAAGAGGAAUUAGAUAAAGCCCAGAAUUACAAUUUUGCAAAAAAUCAUUUAACCAAUGAGAAUAUAAUUAGUGACAAUAAUUUUGAAAGGAAACACAAUAUAGAAAGUAAAAAAACAAAGACAAAAAAUGAUCAGGGAACCAAAAUUUGUAAUAAAUUUCAAAAUAGUCAUAAAAUAAAGGAAGAAACAUACAAAAAUAUAGACAACAUUUUAGGUAAACAACAAGGGGAUAAUUAUACAAGGCAUAACAAUAAAUUGUUAUAUUGCUAUAGCAAUAUGUAUAACGAUGAUUACAGAAAAAUUAAAAUCGAUAAUUUUUUUCAGCCAUAG